AUGGAAGUAGCUCUUUGCUCCCUCGCCACAUUUCCUCUUGUCCCUCUCGUCCUCCUACUCCUCCAGCUGAUCGUCGCCACCGCCACCAUCUCCGCCGCCACGACGUCGUCAACCAAUGCAUCCGAGCACUUCAUAAAGAGCGCGUGCAGCAAGGCAGCGUACACAGAGCUCUGUGAGAGCUCCCUCUUGCCCCACACCGCCACCAUCAAUUCCAACCCCUCAGAGCUCAUCAAGACCGCCAUGACGGUCUACGAGUCCAACCUACAAGCCGCCCUACACGACGCGAUCAAAGCAAGGGAUGCGGCCAGGUCGAAGUACUACCAGUCUCCCACUCGCGAAAACGCGAAGGCCCUCCAUUCCACUAGUAUGGAAGUGGUUAGAUGGGUUUCUAAUAGGGUCCCUGAGAUGAAGGAAAUUAUAGGCAAGGGGACCCCGAAGUCCUAG